AUGCGUUUGUCUCUCUUCCAAGUCGCCCUCUCAAUUUUCUCGCUGAGUGGUGGCCUUGUUGCGGCCUCUUGUGCUUCAGAGUGCAAAUGUAGUCCGUCUGACCCCUGCUGGCCAUCAUCGGCUGAAUGGGCGUCUUUGAACGACACUCUCUCCGGACGUUUGAUGAAGACCGUGCCACCCGCCUCGGCCUGCUACAAAUCCGAAAGCAACUACAAUGCGACAGAUUGCGAACGUAUUGUCGAAGAGUGGACCGCAUCAGUCUUCCACUCUUCUAGUCCGUUUAGUGUUCUGGACCCGAUCUGGUCUGGGGACGCCUGUCCCCCUCUGUACCCGAAUGGCACCGGCAUCACAGGAGACCCUCACGCGGCCUCCAAAGGAUGCGGAUUGGGAAAUCUCUCGCCUUACGUGGUGAACGCCACUUCUGCAACUCACGUACAGACUGCGCUGCGGUUCGCCAAGGAGAAUAAUCUCCGCAUCAAUAUCAAAAAUACUGGACAUAACCCUGAGAAGAGCUCGGCCUAUGGAAGCUUAAGUAUCUGGACUCAUAAUAUGAAGGAAUUCAAAUUUCACAAGUCGUUCAAAGCAUGCGAGAUCUCCGAGCCUCAGAUGGCAGGUACCGUCGGAGCAGGAGUCCAAGAUGACGAAUUGUUCGAAAAGAUGGCUAAGCAUAACGCCAUUGCCGUGGGAGGCACGAACUCGGACGUCGGAGUCGUCGGAUGGGCCCUUGCCGGUGGCCACGGAUACGCCACGGGUCAGUACGGCAUGGGAGCCGAUUCCAUUAUCGAGGCGGAACUCGUCACACCUGAGGGAGAGGUCUUGACGGUCAACGAGUGCCAGUACCCCGAUUUGUUCUGGGCUAUUCGUGGAGGAGGAGGCAGUACCUUUGGCGUAGUUCUUACGGUCACCGUCAAAGCUCAUCCCAUGCCUUCUGUCGGUAUCGUGAACUUCGACGUGUCGCCGCGAAACCACACCUCUUCUAAACAGUGGUGGACCAACGUCGCCAGUCUGCACAAGGAAAUGGCAGAGCUGCAAGAUGCUGGCUACGCUGGAUACUACACGAUCAGCGGGCCCCCUAUGCUCUUCCACAACACCAUCCUAGCAUACAAUGUCAGCAGCGCUGAGCAAGCGAGGAAGCUGGUCCAGCCCUUGGAAAAAGCACUCGAUCGAGCGAAUGCCACCGUCAAGACAGAGAUUUCUGCGCUUUGGACCGAGUCUUGGUACGAGCUGAUUGAGAAACUGGGAUCAUUGGCGGACGCAACCGAUGUGGGCACCAAGCGUAGCGUCAGAGCUUCUCGACUGGUAACGCGAAAAGCUAUCGAAAACACGACGCUUUUUGCGCAAACGUUGGAAAGGAUUGGUCCUCAAUUUACCGAACCAAAGAACGGUGUUUCAAACCCGUCUGUGUCAGGAACUAUGACCGUGGGCAAAACACCCGUAGACAAUGCACUCAACCCCGCCUGGCGCGAUACUGUCGUUCACUUGAUCACAGAACAGCUCUGGGAUGAUACUCUGUCGGAAAAGAUUGCCAACGAGACCGUUCAUGAUAUGACCUAUGGCAAAGGGUAUGCCCUCCGGCAAUUGGCACCAGAUAGCGGAGCCUAUAUCAACGAGGCAAAUCCCUACGAGCCCAACUGGCAAUGGUCCUUCUGGGGACCUAAUUACCCUCGUCUACAUGCCAUCAAGCGGAAAUACGACCCUAACAACCUUCUUUGGUGUCGCACUUGCGUUGGCAGUGAGCAGCUCGUUCAACAGCAGAGUGGAAGUCUGUGUAAGAACCUGUAA